AUGAUUGUCAUCAUCAUUCAGAGUGCAGCGACUAGUUUUCGAGAUCGCCUGCCCGAAGACGGAAAACUGAACUUCACGCAACUAGCAAAUAAAUAUGGCCACGAAUGCGUAGAGCACGAUGUGGUCACGGAAGAUGGAUAUAUCCUCAAAUUGUUCAACAUCGUGGGAAACAAAUCCAGACCAAUAUUUCUCCAACACGGCUUCAUGGACUCGUCUGACACCUUCAUCAUACGAGGCAACACCUCUUUGGCCAUUGCAUUAGCUGAAGAAGGCUACGACGUGUGGGCAGGUAACACCAGAGGCAACGAAUACGCCCGAGGGCAUCUCACCCUAAACCCCGAAACGGAUAAAAAAGCUUUCUUUAACUACAGCCAGCAUGAAAUGGCCGUAUACGACCUCCCCGCCAUGAUCGACUACGUUCUGCACGAGACAAGACAAACGCAGCUAAAGGCCAUAGGACAUUCUCAGGGCACUAUGAUCUUCUACAUCCUAGCAGCAGAAAAACCAGAGUACAACGACAAAAUUAAACUCUUCAUAUCCUUAGCUCCGAUCUGCUACCUCCACCAUACGAAGCCAUUGACUUCAACGGCUAUUAAACUUUGGCCCUUAGUAGAACCCUUCUUUAAAGAAUUGGGUAUUGUGGAAGCAUUCUCAAGAAAUUCAACAGCGGUGGCGCUGUUUGAAUUUAUUUGUACGACAAAGGAUAUAGGAUAUCCUUUAUGUAUCACUAUCAUGUUCUCAUUUGCUGGUUUCGAUCGGAAGGAACUAGAACGAAAAUUUGUUCCAGUGAUCUCUGGUCAUUUUCCUAACACUGCGUCUACAAAGAAUGGCGAUCAUUUGGUACAAAUAGCGCUGAAGAAGCGGUUUUCUAAGUACGACUACGGCGAGGAAGGUAAUGUGCUACUAUAUGGGACAUCUGAGCCGCCGAACUACGAUUUGAAGAACGUUCGGAUGCCGGUGGCGCUCAUAUCGGCGAGGAACGACAAGCUUUCGGCUUUGAAAGACGUGGCGAUCCUGCGAGACGCGCUGCCGAACGUGGUAUAUGAUCACGUGAUGGAAAGAAGGAAGUAUAACCAUAUAGACUACGUUUGGGGAAAGAAUGCCCCGCAGCAAUUAUAUCCGAUGGUUUUUAAAUUAUUAAACACGACAAGCUAUCACCGAAUAAGCAAGCUUUUUUAA